AUGUCUCGGCAUUCGAGACCUUCGAGGUCACCCAAUCCUCCCAUGAUAGAUACCGAUCGCACUUCAGAUCCGAGCUCGAAUUCGAAGACUCCAUCAAGCGGUGUGUCGUCGCAGCAUUCAUCUUUAUCCGCGCCUCGAAGAUAUAAUCCAGAUGCUCAUCCUACUAGAAAGUUGCGGUCACAAUACCCUCGCGGGAACACUGAGAACCAUGUGGAGUACAUCCUGGUUGCGUCGUUCGAUAUCGACAAAGGUCCUAUUAUGGAACAUCAAUAUCCUGUUGCAAUUACAGGCGACGAGCAUAUGCUGGCAGAGUUGAUGUUGCCAGAUCAGGCGCAUGUCCGAAAUCAGGAUUGGACAAUUUUCUUUUUGCACAAGGACACGAGCCAAGAGGAAGAGGAGGCAGAAGCGAGGGAAGAGAGACGAAGAAGACGACAAAGGAAGAAAGAUCGAGCUGCCGGUCUCUUGGACCCUGCGGAUGUUGAAUCUGCCGAUGAAGCUGAAGAGGAUGAAGAAUCAGCUGAAGACUCCGACGAAAGUGAACCGGAGGGCGGGGAGGGUCCACCGUUGAUCUAUGUUCUCAAUUUGGUGAAUACGAAGCAAGAUAAAACUGCCAAAAGAGGUGCAGUAGUAAAAGCCAUGGCAAUAUGCACAAGGCAUCCAUUCUUACAUAUUUAUAAGCCCUUGCUACUAUUAGCUUUGGAAGAAUACUUCAAAUCCCCUCAUCCUGCAACGCUGGCGUCGCUAUACGAGGCUGUUAACACUAUGGAUCUAUCCCUAAUGCCGAGACUUAGUCUUCUGGAAAGGAUUCUCUUACAAGCAAGCGACAAUAAAGAUCUCUUCGUAGAGAAAUUCGAGCAGAUGAUUCAGAUGCGCAUGGCAGAGGAUAGAGGAGAAGCGCCAGAAGAUGUAGCGGUUCUGUCAGAGAGUCCUGAAAGGCGUAUGGAUCUGACUCGAAAUGGGACAAAAGCCCAUGUCGUAGCGCAUUCUCAAUACUCGGUCCCACGAGAUACACAUGAAUUCGAAACAAAAGUCAUGUACAAUGGCAUUCCUAUACCGAUCAAAGUCCCUGUGGCAGUUUCGCCAGAAACUGUCGGCGACUUCUCCCUUAUUAAACUAAUUCAAACAUUCGGCGAGCCUCAUGCAAAGUCACCUCAGCCAUUUGCGUUGCACCCACAUCUCACUACGAGUGGCGCUUUUACGCACCCCAUCAUAGUUCUCGCCAAUGCUAUGUUGACCCAAAAACGCGUCAUAUUUCUGGGACAUAACCGCCCCUCGGGAGAAGUAGCUGAAGCAGUUCUCGCUGCUUGUGCGCUGGCUUCGGGUGGAGUUUUGAGAGGCUUCACACGACAUGCAUUCCCUUACACAGAUCUCAGCAAGAUCGACGACCUGCUGAAAGUACCUGGUUUCAUCGCUGGUGUAACGAACCCAACCUUUGAGAAUCAUCCUGAGUGGUGGGAUCUCCUAUGUGACUUGCCUACUGGUCGCAUGAAGAUCAGCAAUCGGAUCGAACAAGCCCCCUUUACAGAAGGUUUGGUGAACUUUUCUGCCCAGAAUCCUGCCUUCGCAAGUAUGGUUAACGGAGCGUCUACGGCAAAUGCAGCUCAAGAUCCGACAGGGGAUGCAGCAUUCAUGACAGACGUGCUUCGCAGUGUUGCUGCUAGACACGGAGAAGGCGUCAUUCGCGCGAAAUGGCGCGACUGGGUUGAGAAGUUUACUCGUGUAGCUGCAGCUUUCGAGGAAAGUGUGUACGGAGCCAGUGCCCUGUAUAUUGGCGUAGAAGAGGCUGAACCCGGAAAUGAAAGUGUCUCUGGUCAUGGUUACGUGUGGGCCGAUGAGCAAGCCAAGCUCAAAGAAUUGGCUGGUGGCGUGCACCGGAUCGAGGGCUGGAGAAAUACUCGAAGCUACUUCAGUUUCAAACAGGAUCUUGCCCAGCUAUAUACCUUCCGACCAUUGAAGUCUCUUGAUCUUCAUCAUUUACAUGAUCGUCUUCGAAUGACCAAGUUGAGCCCGACUGCCAGUCGAGAGAUCUACAUAGCUUUGUCAAAGUACACACAUUCGUACGACGAAAUCUGUCAGCUUCUAACUGUAGCACCUGAAUCUCAUGCUGGACUUUUCUACGUCGCCCUGGGACUGUUUCACAAAGAUAAAGACGUCAGAUUGAAAACAGUAGAUCUAUUAGAGAGAAUCAGUGAGCACGAAGCAGGAAGACAUUGGUGGAAAGCCAUGAGUCGCUUCGAGAAGCUCGCCUUUCAUCGAAUACGAAGAGAAGCUGAAACGGAGAUGCGAAGCAAGAUGGGCGCAAAGGACGGUUUCGUCAACGGAAACGGUCAAGCGAUGAUGGUCGAGAAGAGGAUAAGCUGA